CUUCCGGCACAGCAGUAACAUGUGAGAAAACGUGCUGUACAACCGUAGAUCUGUUUGUGUUUACAGUUACUAAGUUUAAAGGAUCGCCAAUGCGAUCGCGAGUAAUGUGAAAUACCUUACGGUGUUUGUUAUAAUCUCAACCCGACAGUGUGGUUAUUAAGUAAAGUUUCUGGAUGUAAAGUAGGCGAGUAAGUGCUAAACAUGCCUGCACUGACUUUAUUUGUAAGUAAAUUACCUGCAACUGCCACCGGUGAACAUCUGGGAGAAAUAUUUUCAGAAAUAGGACCAUUAAAAAACAGUUUUGUUGUCAGAGAAAAAGGGUCUGAAAAAUGUCGUGGGAUCGGGUAUGUUACAUUCUCCAUGGAAGAAGAUGGAAAGCGGGCUCUGAAAGAAGUCAAAGAGUACGACGGACAAAAGAUCGUCAUAGUGGAAGCCAGAAAAAAGCCAAAUGAGAAGAAAAGAGGAAAAGCAAAAACAAAUAAAGAUUCAGUCGACACAGAGAGUCCUAAACAACCGACAGAAAGUCCUAAAAAAUCAGCAGAGAGUCCUAAACAACCGACAGAGAUUCAACAAAAGUUUCAAGGCCUGAGGAAGUCAAAGCUCAAAAGCAGACUGAUCAUCAGAAAUCUUAGUUUCAAAUGUACAGAAGAUGAUUUGAAAAAGGUUUUCUCUGAGUUUGGUGUGGUUCAUGAAGCAAAGAUUGCUUUAAAACCAGACGGGAAGAUGCGAGGUUUUGCUUUCGUGCAGUUUCAGAACAUGCCUCAAGCCGCAAAAGCCAUUGCAGCAAUGAACCUGAAGGAGAUAAAAGGCAGGCCUGUAGCUGUGGACUGGGCCAUUCCAAAGGACAAGUAUGUCGCCACCCAAUCAGGAUCAAAGGAAGAAGUAAAGGGAAAAUCUGAGGACACAGGGGGUGAUGGAGAAAAAGGUGCCAAGAACAAGUCUAUAUCACAUCAAAAGGCCAUCAAAUCAGAAUCAGAAGAAGAAUCUGAGGAUGAAGAUGAUGACGACGAAGACAAAAAGGGCAGUGGUGAAGAAGAUGAGGAGGAAAAUGAUAAAAGUGAUUCUGAAGCGAGUGUUGAAGACGACGAUGAUGAUGAAGACGACGACGACGAUGAUGACAACGACGAUGGUGAUGAUGACGAUGAUGCUGAGGACAGUGAUGAAGAAAGCGAUGCUUCUCCAAAGAAGAAGGUUUCUCUUCCUUCAGAUGUGAAUGAGGGCAGAACCAUCUUCAUCAGAAACCUGUCCUUCGACACCGAAGAGGAGGAAUUAGAGAAAGUUUUGCUGCGGUACGGAGAGAUGAAGUAUGUCCGGAUAGUGAUGCAUGCCAACACCGGACACUCGAAAGGUUGUGCCUUUGCUCAGUUUAAGUCUAAAGAAGCAGCAGAGAAAUGUAUGGCUGCUGCUCAGAAUGACAAUGAGUCUGGUGGCAUAAGACUUGAUGGCAGGAAGUUGAUCAUCACGGCUGCCGUGACCAGAGAAGAUGCCGCCAAAUUCAAAGACAAGAAGAUAAAAACUCACACGGGCGCCAGGAACCUCUAUCUCUCCAGAGAGGGCUUGAUUCGUCCUGGAACGAAGGCUGCAGAGGAAGUUUCAGAAACUGACAUGGCAAAGAGAACAAGGUUCCAGGAGCUAAAAAGGCAAAAGUUGAAAGACAUUAACGUGUAUGUGUCUAAAACACGGCUGUGUGUUCACAACCUACCUAAAAGCGUCCAACAACCCAAACUCCGCAAGAUCUGCCUCACAGCCGCUGGGGAUAAAAGAGCUCGCAUCACUGAGUGUCGUGUGAUGUAUGACAAGAAACCUGUUCGAGGUAAGGUGAUAGGUCAGUCUCUAGGAUACGGUUUUGUAGAGUUCAAAGAACAUGAACACGCCCUACAAGUCCUACGUCACCUCAACAACAACCCUGACAUUUUUGGACCCCAAAAGAGACCAAUAGUUGAGUUCUCUUUGGAAGACAGCAGAAAACUAAAACUCAAAGCCGCGCGUCUACAAAACAGCAAGAGGAAUUUAAAAAAAGACAAUCACCAAGAAGGAGCGAAGCCACAACACAGUCCAGGAAAGAAGAAUAAUGAUCCUGCACCAAAAGGAAUUCUGGGUAAUGUAGUCAAACAGGAGAAGGCCCAGGGCAGUCUGCACAAUGUAGGCAAACAGGAGAAGCCCCAGUGCAGCGUGUACAAAGGCUUUAUGACCAAACCAGAAGUAGAGCACGUCGAACUGCAAGACGGCAAAAAACGACAGAAAGUUCUGCACAUGCCUUCACACAGAGGUCCAAAGAUCAGGAAACGGGAUAAAGGAAAACAGCCUGUGCAACCCCCAAAACCGAAGAAGGGCCCAAGUAGGAAAGAUAAAAAAAUGUCCACCUUUAUUGAGAAACCUAACCAGAACAAGAAACAGAAUGCCAAACCUGCAAAGAGAAAGUUUCAGAACAGAGAGGAUGUGCGCUUUGACAGUUUGGUGGAGCGAUACAAAAAGAAACUUAUUGGGAACUCAAAUGCUAAGACUGUGGUUAAAAAGGGUAAAUGGUUUAGCUGAGAGAGAAAGAGAGAGAAUGAGUGUGUGUGCGAGAGAGAGAGAGAGAGAUAUUGAGAUUGUGUAAAACCUCUUGAAGGAGGACUUCAGUCAAUAUUUUGGCUCAGAUAAGUUUUUAGGAUAUGAAGUGUCUUUCUUGUCAGUUUCUUAACAUUUGAUAUUGAUAUUGUUUGUCAUCAAAAUAAUAUUUCUGUCAGCAAACUCAAAUAUUUAACACUGUGUUGUGUUACUUUUUUGCUUUCAUGAAUUACAGUUAUAUUGUAUUAAAAGAGAUUCAUUUCAGUUUUGCUAUCAUA